AUGGGUCCUAUACAUAGAGUUAGUAGCAAAGUUGGCUAUAUGGUUGUAGCUGCAGAUGAGUUUAUUGAUUUCAGUCUUGUUCAACGAGCCAUAUUGCUGAGCUCGGUGGGCAGCAAGACGUACAGUCUGAUGAGGAACUUAUUGAGUCCGGAUAAACCGGGGGAUAAAUCGUUCACGGAGUUGACGAGCUUGCUUCAGUCACAUUAUAACCCGAAGCCGAGUGCAAUAGUCCAAAGGUUCAAGUUAAAUUCAAGGACUAGAAUGGCCAAUGAAACGGUAAUGGAGUAUGUCGCAGUGCUGAGGGAACUGGCACAACACUGUAAUUAUGGGGACAGACUGACAGAAAUGCUACGAGAUAGGCUCGUAUGUGGCAUUGCAGAUGACCGCAUACAAUGCAGGUUGUUAGCGGAGCCUGAGUUGUCGUUUGAAAAGGCCUUGAAGUUGGCACAGGCCAUAGAGACGGCGAAUAAAGACAUUCGUGAUUUACAGCCAAGAACCAUCGAAGGGGUGGGGAGCAGGGGUGCUACCCCACUGCCAGUGCAUAAAGUGGUCGGGGAGCCUAAAUCACCAAGGAAGUCUGGUCAGUAUGCCUGUUACAGGUGUGGCGGAGAACAUCUGGCAAGGAACUGUCGUUUCUUAAAUGAAAAAUGUCAUGCUUGCGGGAAAAAGGGCCAUGUGAAGAAAAUGUGCCGAUCAACGCCCUCUAGGGACCAGCCGAAAAAGGGGGAGGAAAAAAGCAGUAUGAUGGACAGAAACGGGAACCGAAAAAUAAAACGGCAGUAUGCACACCACAUGCGUGAAGUCAUGGUGGUAGCAGGUAAUGGACCAAACCUGUUAGGCCGGGUGUGGCUCAAGGAGCUGGAAAUGGGUUGUCUACAGCUCCAUAAAGUAGAACAGCAGGGGCUGGCCUUGCAAGAUGUGCUGGGGGACAACGAAGAAGUGUUCAAAGAGGAACUGGGGACCUGGAGGGGUCCACCAGCAAAGAUACACGUUCAAGAAAACGCAACGCCAAGAUUUUACAAACCUCGACCCGUACCAUAUGCAAUGAAGAAGAAAGUGGAGACUGAGUUGGAGCGACUCACCAAGCAAGGUAUAAUUGAACCAGUGAAGUUUUCGGAAUGGGCGGCACCAAUUGUUCCAGUAUUAAAGCCAGAUAAUACUGUACGCAUAUGUGGUGACUACAAGCUAACAGUGAACCAAGUUUCGAAACUGGAGCAGUAUCCAUUACCCAAGGUGGAGGAUGUAUUUGAAAAGCUGUCGGGAGGUGAAAAGUUUAGUAAACUGGACCUCAGUCAGGCAUAUCAACAAGUAGUUCUGGAAGAAGGGUCGAAGGCCUAUGUCACCCUAAACACACACAAAGGGCUGUUCCAAGUCAAUCGUUUACCUUUUGGUGUUUCCUCUAGUCCAGCUAUUUUCCAGAGAAUAAUGGAGGGACUGGUGGCAGGAAUUCCGAAGGUGGCUGUGUAUCUGGACGACAUCCUGUUGACGGGGAGGAACAAUGACGAGCAUCUGGAGACUUUGAACGAGGUGCUAAGUCGACUGCGAGAGGCUGGUUUACGGGUGAAGAGGAGUAAAUGUGCUUUCAUGGUAAAGGAAGCAGAGUUCCUGGGUUACAAGGUGGAUGCCUCGGGCCUACACCCCCUGCCAGACAAGGUAAAAGCCAUCCAAGAGGCACCGGCACCCACAAAUGUUACAGAGCUGAAGGCUUAUUUAGGCUUACUCAACUAUUAUAACAGGUUCCUACCAAAUCUGUCAAUGCUGUUAGCUCCUUUACAUAAACUGUUAAGGAAGGAGACCCUGUGGACGUGGCAGGAGGAACAAGAGAAAGCGUUUGAGCAGUCCAAGGAACUAAUGCAGUCUUCAGAGGUUUUGGUGCACUACGAUAGUCACAAGGACUUAAUUUUGUCAUGUGAUGCCUCACCGUAUGGGGUAGGGGCCGUGUUGGCACACCGGAUGCCAGAUGGACAAGAAAGACCUAUUGGGUUCAUGUCACGCACCUUAACUCCAGCCGAGUCAAACUAUUCCCAGCUGGAUAAAGAGGGUCUGGCUGUAAUGUUUGGAAUUAAGAGGUUCCACAAAUACCUCUAUGGCAGGAAGUUUACUGUGUGCACCGAUCAUAAGCCUUUGUUGUCAUUGUUCAACGAAAUGAAGGCCGUGCCUCAAAUGGUUUCUCCCCGAAUUCAGAGAUGGGCUGUAACAUUGAGAGCUUAUGAAUAUGAGAUUGUCUAUAAGCCCGGAAAGCACCAUAGCAAUGCAGACGCGCUGAGCCGUCUGCCGCUACCGGGGCCUCCCCAGCGAGAGGAAAGGGAGGACCGGGUGUUGAUGAUGGAGGACAUCACAUUGGUGUCCGCGAAGGAAUUGAGCGAAUGGACACGUAAAGACCCGGUGUUGGCUAGAGUGUUUCAAUGGGUCCAGCAAGGCUGGACAACACAACAACCUGAUCCAUUUUUCCGGCCUUAUGAAUUGAGGAAAACAGAGCUGAGUGUGCAAGAUGGAUGCGUGUUGUGGGGGGCACGAGUGAUAAUACCGCCCCCAGGAAGACGUGCACUUUUACAACAGCUGUACCAGGGUCAUGUGGGCAUCACCCGAAUGAAGGCCUUAGCACGAAGUUAUUUUUGGUGGCCAAAGUUGGACCACGACAUUGAAGUAGCUGUAAAAGAGUGUAAAACUUGUCAGCAGCAUCGUAACUUACCUGUGGCGGCACCACUGCACCCAUGGGAGUGGCCGAGUAGACCUUGGCAGAGACUUCAUAUAGACUAUGCAGGGCCUUUUAUGGGGGCAAUGUUUUUGAUAAUAAUGGAUGCUCAUUCGAAAUGGAUGGAUGCCUACCCAGUCAAAACACCCACUUCCACCACUACCAUUGAAUGCCUGAGAAAGAGUUUCAGUAGCCAAGGAUUACCCGAGACUAUUGUGUCAGAUAAUGCUUCAUGUUUCGUGAGUGAAGAGUUUAAGGGUUUCCUGGAAAAAAAUGGCAUUGUACACGUUACAUCAGCACCGUACCAUGCGGCUUCCAAUGGCUGUGCUGAAAGGGCUGUCCAGACCUUUAAAGCGAUGAUGAAAAAGGCUGGAGACGGAAGUAUGGCAACCAAAGUAUCAAGGGUGUUAUUCAACUACCGCAUUACACCCCAGUCUACCACGGGAUUGUCCCCUGCCGAGAUGUUGCAAGGAAGGAGAUUAAGAUCCACGUUGGAUCUGGUGCAUCCAAACAUCCCAGAAGUAGAGAGGAUACAGUGGAGGCAAAAAGAGCAUCAUGAUCGACGACGGAGAGAGAGAAGUUUCUUGGAGGGAGAUGCAGUGAUGACGCGAAACUUCAGUUAUGGACCUAAAUGGAUUCCAGGGUUUAUUGUCAAGAACACGGGUCCCCUGUCGUACCAGGUGAGGUUGAAUGGAGGUUCAGUGGUGAGGAGACAUGUGGACCAGAUUCUGCGGAGUGUGCCGGAGAAGGACUCCAUGGAACUGCAAGCCCCGGAAAUGCCGUUAGUUCCAGAAGAAGGGCUCGCAGCGGCAGGAGGAUCUCCGAUCGUGGGGGCCGAGGGAGACCGCCGGGACUCGGAAGGAGGGGUUCCCAAGGACCCAACUGUUCCAGGGAUGGACACACCGGUACCAGAGUUGGUAACUGUGACACCAGAGUCACCUAGGGUGGUACCAUUGCGCCGUUCUAAGCGGGCACUGGUUAAACCUAGUUACUUGAAGGACUAUCAAUGUUACAAUUGCAUGUCUAGUUUAAAAGAGCAACCUAACUCGAUUGUGGGGUAA